AUCUUCAACAAAAAAGUCCAAACCGCAUCAUUUCGGAUGCGGUAAACAUUUUGCGGGCAAAAUCGUGUAAAAUAAAGCAUAUUUCGCCACCAAAAGUGCGUAAACUACGCAUACAUCUUUCCUGUGUGUGAUUGUGCCGUGAGUUGUUGCGAAAAUGACGAUCGGCAAAAAUAACAAAAUGAUCCAGCUCCUGAACUACAGGGUGCGGAUCGUUUUGCAGGACUCGCGUACCUUCAUCGGCACGUUCAAAGCGUUCGACAAACACAUGAACCUCAUCCUGGGGGACUGCGAGGAGUUCCGGAAAAUUAAGCCGAAAAACACGAAGCUGCCGGAGCGGGAGGAAAAGCGCGUGCUCGGGUUUGUGCUGCUGCGCGGUGGCAACAUCGUAUCGCUCACAAUCGAAGGGCCGCCACCGCCGGAAGAGGGCCUGCCGCGGGUACCGAUACCGGGCGGUGCCGGUGGUCCGGGUAUGGGUCGGGUGACGGGUCGCGGUAUGCCGGCCAACAUUGCCGGCGUUCCGGCCGGUCUGCAGGGACCGGUGCGCGGUGUCGGAGGACCAUCGCAGCAGCAUAUGGCCCCGGUGGGCAGGGGACAGCAGGUGUCCGCUCCGCCCCAGAUGCGUCCGAUGAUUCCCGGCGGACCACCGCCCGCCAUGAUGCCUGGCGUCAAUCCGAUGGCGGGUAUGGCGCGAGGUGCCCCGCCGCCAAUGCGAGGCCCACCGCCGGGUAUGAUGCGAGGUGGUCCACCGCCCAGACCUUACUAGCACCGCGCUAGAAUGUGUUCACUGCGCCCGGCCGCACAUAAAGUAGAUUUUUAUCAUUUCUUUCCACCUCCAUACUCUUUGUUUUGCUCUUGGAAUAGCAAACCGAAACAGCCACACAAAAUACACUUCUCGCACCACAGUCAUGUGGGCGUACCAUAUGUAAACGUUUGAAAUAGCGAAUAAAGUAAACUGAACUUUUCAGAAUUUUCAUCCAAUGUAAA